UAUCAGAUAGGACGUUAUCGAAAUGUGGUUGUAUUUUGGUGCUGUGGCGGUAUUUUUGGGUGUUCUACAUUUGUUCCUGAAUUACAAUGCGCAAGCUCGGAUGAUCAAGAAGCUGCCUGGACCGAAGGAUGACUUUAUUGUAGGAAAUGCAUUUAGAAUUAUCUGUGAUCCAGUGGAACUAAUGAAACUAGGAAGAACCUUCGCCAAGAAAUGGAAAGGAAUAUAUAGGAUCUGGGUGUACCCAUUUUCUGCUGUAAUUAUUUAUAACCCUGAAGAUAUUGAGUUGAUCAUGUCCAGUAUGAAGUAUGGUGAAAAAAGUAUGGUUUACAAAAUUUUGCAGCCGUGGUUACAAGAUGGACUCUUGCUAAGCAAUGGCAUAAAAUGGCAAGAAAGAAGGAAGAUAUUGACACCAGCCUUUCAUUUUAACAUUCUGCGCCAAUUCUGCGUCAUCAUAGAAGAGAACACACAUCGUUUGAUAGAUCAGCUGAAGAAGACAGCAGGACAACCCGUGGAUGUGGUGCCUAUACUUUCUGACUUCACACUCAAUUCUAUCUGUGAAACUGCAAUGGGCACUCAACUAAAUGAACACUCGACGGCCACAACGUACAAAAAAGCGAUUUAUGAUCUUGGAAACAUAUUUUAUCAUAGAUUCAUUAAAAUUUAUUUGUACCCUGAAUUUAUAUUUAAUGCUACAUCUUUCGCGCGAAAACAGAGUAAAGCUGUAAAAACAGUACAAAGCUUUACUGAAAAAGUUAUAAGACAAAGAAGAGAAUAUGUGAAAGAACAUGGUUUUGAUAUCUUCAACCAGAAUGUUGACGAUGAUGAAGUCUAUGUGUACAAGAAGAAAAAGAAGACUGCCAUGUUAGACCUCCUUCUGUCAGCAGAACAAGAAGGUCUCAUUGAUAAAACUGGUGUACAAGAAGAGGUUGACACUUUUAUGUUUGAAGGGCACGAUACUACUGCAUCAGGACUUACUUUCUUAUUUAUGUUGCUAGCCAAUCAUCCAGAAAUUCAGGACAAAGUUGUAAGUGAACUCAAUGACAUAUUCGGAGACUCGCAACGUUGGGCAUGCAUGAACGACUUGCCAAAGAUGAAGUACUUAGACCGGUGUAUAAAGGAGUCACUGCGUAUGUACCCGCCGGUGCACUUCAUUAGUCGGAAACUGAACGACGAGACAGUAUUAAGUAAUCACACAAUACCGGCCAGUACAUUGUGUCACAUACCAAUAUACGACCUGCAUCAUCGAGAGGAUUUGUUCCCAAACCCUGAAGUAUUUGACCCUGACCGGUUCCUACCAGAAAAUUGUGAAGGAAGACAUCCUUAUGCAUACAUACCGUUUAGUGCCGGACCCAGAAAUUGUAUAGGCCAAAAAUUCGCCAUAUUGGAAAUGAAAAUAGCUGCCGCAGCAGUUCUUCGAGAGUUUGAACUAAAAGCGGUGACGAAACAAUCCGACAUUGUAUUCCUUGCAGAUCUCGUUCUUAGGAACAAUGGACCAGUGCGUGUCAAUUUUGUCAAGAGAAAUCAAUUACAGAGAGUUGAGGCCAAGGACGUGGACGUUAUAAAAAUGUUCUUGUAUUUAUUUGUGACGGCGGGGUUUUUGUGUUUGUUGCACUUAAUAUGUAAUUACAAUGAAAAAGCGAGGAAGAUUAGACAAAUGCCGGGUCCAAAGGAUUCGUUUAUAUUAGGAAAUGGACCUGCUGUGAUGCGAUCCUCAGUUGGUCUCAUGGACUUGGCGAGAGAAUUGGCAAAUACUAAUUCUGGAUUAUACCGACUCUGGAUACCGCCGUUUGGUGCUGUGAAUAUUUACAAUGCCAAUGAUGUUGAGAAAAUAGUAUCAAGCAUGAAGUUCAAUGAAAAAAGUCAAGUUUACAGGGUCUUGAGGCCUUGGCUAAAAGAUGGUCUACUUGUAAGCAAAGGGUCAAAGUGGCAGGAGAGGAGAAAAAUCCUGACGCCCACUUUCCAUUUCAAUAUUUUACGUCAAUUUUGUCAAGUUUUGGAAGAAAAUUCGCAGCGCUUUGUGACAAAUCUCAAAAAGGUUGCUGGUCGACCAGUAGAUGUAGCUCCUAUCAUUUCGGAAUUCACGCUCAGUUCUAUUUGUGAAACUGCAAUGGGCACCCGAUUGAGUGAUUUGAGCACAUCAGAGAUGAACGCAUACAAAGACGCGAUAUACAACUUGGGAUACAUAUUCUACCAAAGAUUUAUCAAAGUAUUCUAUUUUGUGGACUUUAUAUUCAACCUUUCGCCACUGAGUAGAAGGCAGGAAGGGUAUCUAAAGACGGUACAUGGCUUCACGAAGAAGGUAAUACAAGAAAGGACCGAAUACAUUGAUAAGUUUGGUGUACCAGAACAGGAUGUAACAGAAGAUGACUACGUGUAUAAGAGAAAAAAGAAGACUGCCAUGUUGGAUUUAUUAAUUACCGCUAAAAAAGAAGGAUUAAUUGACGAUAUUGGAGUGCAAGAAGAAGUCGACACGUUUAUGUUCGAAGGUCACGAUACCACGGCGAGUGGGUUGACUUUUUGCUUUAUGCUGUUAGCACAUCAUAAAGAUGCACAGGACAAAAUCGUAGAUGAAUUGAAAGAAGUCUUGGGAGAUUUUAAACGUCCAAUCACAAUUGAAGAUCUACCGAAGAUGAAGUAUUUGGAACGUUGUGUUAAGGAAUCGUUGCGGUUGUACCCUCCAGUGCAUUUUAUCAGUAGGAGCUUGCACGAAGAUGUGAUAUUGAGUGACUACUUAGUACCAGCUGGAACAUUCUGCCAUAUACAUAUCUAUGACUUGCAUCGCCAACCGGAUUUAUUCCCCAACCCUAACAAGUUCGACCCUGACAGAUUCCUGCCUGAGAACAGUGUUGGAAGACAUCCCUAUGCUUACAUUCCCUUUAGUGCGGGACCCAGGAAUUGUAUAGGUCAGAAAUUCGCCAUGAUGGAAAUGAAGAUGGCUGUGGCAGAAGUGUUACGAGAGUUUGUGCUGGAGCCGGUCACUCAUCCUGACGACAUUCGGAUCAUUACUGACGUUGUACUCAGAAACGACGGGCCCGUCGAAGUCACCUUUGUAAAACGACAGUAA